AUGCAAAGAACACCGAUAUGGCAAUUUAGAGCAUUUCAAAAUUGGGUUAAAACUGUACUGAUAUCAGAGCUUGUAGAGAAGGAUGGUAGUGUUGCAGAGCUGUUUUGUGGUCACGGUCUUGACACUGGUAAAUGGGAGAGAGCAAAGAUCGGUAGUUAUAUAGGUAUAGAUACUGAUAGAAUAGCAUUGACUGAGGCAGAGUCUAAAUGGCAACAAAAGAAUUGUCCUUAUACUGCUCAAUUUUUAAAUAUAGAUUUGUUAGAGAGAUCGGUUGAUAAAGAACUAGCACCAGAUAUACAGUUUGAUAUUGUGACUUGUUUCGAUGGAAUGCAAAAAGCAUUCUCUGAUUUGAGUCAUGCGAAUACUUUCUUACACAAUGUCAGCUCACGAUUGAAAGAUGGAGGUUACUUCUUUGGCAUCAUUCCAGAUUCCUCGGCGAUCUGGUACAAGUCACAGAAAGUAAUCUCUGGUCUACCCUGUAUAAAAUCAUCACUUUUCAAUAUCGACUUUGAUUCCGAUAUAUUUACAUUCUUUGGAAGUAGAUAUCAACUUUCAAUGAAGGAUGGAUCGAAUGUAACCGAUAAUCUAAUUCAUUUCCCAACUUUUAUAAACCUAGUUACUCUUAUUAAUAAUUUCAUAAAAGGUUUAUACACAACAUUUAUUUUCUACAAAGAAGUAGAACAACCUCUAAUCAUUCAAGGAUAA